CCCUGUGUGCCCUGCCCACCCCGGCGGUCUCCUCUGUAGCCCUGCCAGAGCCAAUCCGGCGACUGGCUGUAAUAACUAGGACAAGCCGCUUCCUGGUUCUCAGAAAGGAGGAGCUGGGAGUCGGAGUGGGCGAGCGGAGGCAGAGCGCUGAGUGGAGGGGGUCAGAGGAGCCCCGGCGGUCCGCAGAGACAGCAGGAUAGGGGACAGGAGAAAGGACACUUGGUGAGGAAUAAACCCCCCUAACUAACACUGAGUAGAGGACGGAGCGUGUAUUUCAGAGGACAAACGCUGGGAGGAUUUAAAAAAAGGGGGAAUUUAAAGCUGUAUAAGAAGUCGUCAGGGUGGGACGGAAUAAUCCAGGAAGUGUUCGCCAGGUGGGAGGCGACGAGUUGGGACAGGUGACACUCUGGUACUCAGGUUUAUGAUUGCUGGUGUUUAAGUGAAAAAGGAGGACGGGAUAAUCGUGCGAGAGACAAACAGAAGGCAGCCAUCGUCUCCUGAGUGUAUGGACUGGAGGUGGCGAUGUCUCCAGGAGAGGACGGCCUGAUUGGGAUCCCCUUCCCGGAGCACAGCAACGAGCUCUUGUCCCACCUCAAUGACCAAAGGAGGACAGGACUCCUGUGUGACCUCACCCUGACCUCCCGCGGGGCUCGCUACCCAACACACCGCUCCGUCAUGGCAGCCGUCAGCCUCUACUUCCGUCGGCUGUUUGGAGCGGAGGAAGGGGGUGGUGAGGGCGGUGGGGGAUUCAGCGUUUGCCAGCUGGACUGUGUUGCCCCUGAUGCCUUGGAUGCCCUGCUGGAAUUUGCUUACACCGCCACACUUACCAUUCCAAGCUCCGGGAUGAGAGAUGUGCUGCGAGGUGCUCAGCUGCUGGGUAUCCAGUGCGUGGCUGAUGCCUGCAGAGACAUCCUUGGAGAGACGGGGGAGGCAGAGGGGGAAACUGCAGGGGAGCAGAGACCCCAACAGAUGACUAUCGAGAGGACGAUAGAGACAACAAACGUUGUAGAGAAAAUAUCCAGAAGAAAAAAUGAGAGAAAGAAAGUGAGAAAAGUUGGCUUACGUCCCAACAACUUCUCACCUCUGUACCCACUGGCCGCCUCUCCUGCCUCCCACCCUUCACCUCCCUCUGAUAGCUUUCGUUCCCUGCCCCCUACCCAGCCUCCCAGUCCUGAAUCAGAGGAAAUCCAUCCCAAACUUGGGCAAAAUGGGGAUCUGAGAGCCAUCAGAGAGCCUGGGAGAGGAAACACACUAAAUGGAGGGCUCCUUCACUGGGCACAAGAGCGACCUCUCACCGCACACCAGCCUCCCAUCCAGAGCGACAAGCUCUCUGAAGAUGAUGACAUGGAGGCGUUAGGUGACGAUAUCGUGGUGAUGGGAUCCAGCUCCAUACCUACCUCUGUAGCAGAUCGGGGUGCAGCCACAUCAGUAGCAGGAGGGGGUAGGAAGAGGAAGUCUCAGACCCCUCAGCAGUGUCCAGUAUGUCAGAAGAUUAUUCAUGGGGCGGGAAAGCUGCCCCGCCACAUGAGGACACACACCGGAGAGAAACCCUUCCAGUGCUCUGCCUGUGGAGUUCGCUUCACCCGCAAUGAUAAGUUGAAGAUCCACAUGCGGAAGCACACAGGAGAGCGCCCCUACACCUGUUCCCACUGCCCUGCACGGUUCCUCCAUUCAUACGACCUCAAAAACCACCUGUCCCUCCACAGCGGGGCGCGACCUUUCGAGUGCCCACUCUGCCACAAGGCUUUCGCCCGAGAGGACCAUCUCCAGCGCCACCGCAAGGGCCACAGCUGCCUGGAGCUGCGCACUCGUCGGCCCAAGCGGGUCCCCGAGCUGGCAGAGGACGCAGGUGAGAAAGACGGCAUGGGAGAUCAUCCCAGCCCUCUGUCUCUACAGGCCCACCACACCAUGUUUCAUCCCCACUCAGUGUUGGAAGGUGGAUCUGCCAGUCGCCCUUCGCUGAUAUUCCCAGGUGGCAUCGACAGGGAGCGGUCGCUGGCUCUUCAGACUCUGGCCCAACUCAACUCCCAGAGCCUGGCCAACUACCCUGAGCUCCUUCUCAGAGGGCUUGAAAUGCGAGGCAGUAGAGAGAUGGAGAGAGAAGGUCCUGGAGGAACGCGUUCGCCGGCUCUUCAGCGUGAUAGAUGGGCCGAUGAAGUAGAAGACGAAGAAGCAGAAGAGGGGGAAUAGUUCAGACUGUUAUGUGGUAAAGCAUCCACAGUAAAAAAAUCAAAAUAAUAAUCUCAGGUGGCUGGACUAAUGACCUGCUGCUCCCAUACAGAGAGCACUUAAAAGACCUUACAAAAAAAAAAAAAAAAGGAAAGACGGGUUUUCUGAGAUAUUCUAAAUGUGGGGCUCUGUUUUUGGAUUUUCUUUUUUGGCAUACUUGUCUAGUAAUGUUUGCUGUUUAAGUAUUUUAAUAUCAAGUUGUCUCUUCAGUUUUUUUUUUUCCUUGCUGGUGUUUGUUAAAUUUAUGGUCACCAGGAUGCUUUUCACUAUGCAAACUAAAAUCCAGGGCUUCAGAACAGAGAAAUACCUAAAGAUUUAUUUUUGCUGAUUCAGAUGCAGUUUGAAAUCCAUAUCGCCUACAAUAUCACAGUAAGGUUUGUGUGCCCGCUGUCCUCUGGUGACUAUCGGUGAAAAUGCAGUGAAAUAUAAUCAAGCUCAUUCCUUGGAUUAAAAGCAAUAAUCUUGUUUUUGUUGGUGGUAUAAUCUUUGCUUUAUUUUGGUGCUUAAACCAAAGAUUUGCUUUUUUUUUUCUAGUGUAGGAGAAGACGAGAGAGGUUGAACUGUAGCCAAUGUUGGGUUUGAAGAGAAGAGUCUUCCCAACUCUUUUGAAAAGCCAUGAGAAAGACUCUACUUGCAAUAUUGGAGUGUUUCAGAGCCAAGGGGCUCUGGGCUAAAUGCCUGACCAAAAAGACAAAGUCUGGAUUUGUGGUUUUAAUGCUGGUAAAAGACACAUCUUUUAUCAGUCCUGCGAUGCUCUCUCAUUUACAUUCUUUAAAAAAAAAAAGUGUGGCAAAAUGUAGGGAUUACUGAGAUAAUAUACACCCUUCUUGUGUAUUUAUUUAUUUAUUUCUAUUUAUUAUGAACAUCUUAAGACCAAAUCCAGACCCGAACCCAGUCUUUGUGAAAUCCUACAAAACCCUGCACUGAUGAUUUUUGCUCAACAACCCCAUACACCCAAACGCCUUGUUUUUUAAAAAGGCUGAUUGUCUUCUUUCAAGCCAUUCUUCCUCAAAUGCAUUCUUUGCACAUUUAACCCACCAGGUUCUGCAGUAAUACAGGCACAUUCCACCCUUCAGAGGGUAACACAGAAGGACUAGAGCAGAGGCAUCAGGGAGUGU